AUGGUCAGUACUUGUGCCUUGUGCUACAAUAACAGCAAGAAUAAUAAAAACGUUUCUUUUCAUUGGUAAGUAUUCUAUAACAAUAUAUUAUAUUAUGUAGUCAACAUAGUAAUUACUAAUUUCUUGUACAUGUAUAAAUAGUAAAAUAUGUUAUUUUUACAGUUUUCCAAAAGAUGUAUCUAAAAAAACUAAAUGGCUUAAAGCACUUAAUUUAACUUCGGUAUCCAAUUGGAGUAAAAUUUGUAGCUACCAUUUUAGUGCUAAUGAUUUUAGAUUUAGCAACAAACGAAAUGUCCUUCAAUCGACUGCAGUACCAACCAGGUAGGGACCUCAAUAAAAUUAAUAAAUCCAAUUAUUAUAAAAUAAAAAUUCGCUAAUAAUAUAAUUUUACUUUUUAGUAAUUAUAAACGCAUAGAAGAAGAACACAGUUAUGUUAAUAAACGUAAAUUAUUUAAAAGUAAUCCAACAAACAUAAGGCUAGGAGGAGGGAAAGCUAGGAAAAUAAUAACUGAUCCUAUAGUUGACAAAGCAGUGAACUUUAUUCGACCCAACACCGAACUAUUUCAUCGUGACAGUGAUGAUAAUUUCAAAGGCAUUUCAAAUCAAAUGACCACUGGUAUGUUGCUCAUAAUCCAUGAACGUAUACAUUUAUUAUAUUAUUAUAAAAUGAUUAAAUUUUCAACAUAUUUUAGACCCAAAUGACUUCGAUGACGAUAUUGUGGACAAUUUUGCAAUUAAUGAAAAAGUCAGUAGCAUAAUUAGUUAUGUAAACAUAGUUAUGUCACAGACUACAUUUUAAACGUUUAAUAUAAUCUGUGGUAAUGUCAAUAGUAUGUUAUUGCAUACCUCAUAACUUCUUGUGUUAUUAUAGGUACCAAUUAUUAGUGAUACCAAAGAAGAAAUAGUAACCAUUGAUGAUUGGUCUCAGAGUAAUCCUGCUAUGUUGAAAACUCCAAUAUCUGCUGUUCUUCGCCAACCACAACUAUCAACCCAGAUAAUACCCUUCACUUCCAGUUUCUCACUUUAUACUGAAACAUUAGAGGACAUGCAGCCCGCAGCUGCAACUACUCCAAAUCAAAUGAAAACUAUGAUAAUAGUUACUCCACAGAAAGGAAACAAAAAUGAUGUUUCAGGUAGAAAACCGUCCCUAACGACGUCAGCUUCAAAUAUUCUAUUGAAAGCCAACGUUUCAACACUUCAUGCAACUAAUAUGGAUGUAAGAGAAGAACACAAACUUCAAAUGAAAAUACUAAAACUUCAAGAACAACAAGAAGUUGAAAAAUUAAAACAGGAGACCAUUAAAACUGAAAUGUUAAAAGUGCAGUUUCAGUGUGAAACUGGGGUAGAAUGGGAUAUUUUUGAUGGUCAAAAACAGGGCUAGGAUUUGUAUGCAAUAAAAAAUCGUAAAAUAUGCAUUUUGUUUAUCAAAAUAUGCAUUUAAAUUCGUAUAAGAUAAAUACAAAAAUAGUUACAAAAAAAAUAUUUAUUUAUUGAAAUACGUUAGUGGUUGGCUGUUUGUCUUAAUAUAAUAUUAUUGAGAAGUAAAAUAAAAUAAAAUAAUUUGAAAAUAAAAUUUAGAAUUCACAUUCAAUAGUGGAAAUACGUGUGUUACAUGCUACAAAAACAUAUUUUUUUCAAAUUUUCGAAUAUAAAUGAUCAGCGUUUGGAUCACAGUAUUGAUUUAUAUUGACUGAAGCUUCGUUCAACGUCACAUGAUGUAGUUAACGCAUAUUUAAAUAAAAAUAUUUGUCCUAGUGUUAAAUUACAACUGAAAUUGUCCUUGUCCGAUUCGACAUUUAAUAUUUUAUUUAUUGACUGUAGAGUUUUAAAUCUUUUUUUUUUUUUGUAAAACCAAGAAUAUUUUGUUUUUAACUUUUUAGCAACACUGUCAUCUGAACACCGCUCAGAAUCGUUUUUUCGUUAG